UCGGCCGGUUCGGUGCUCGUUGUAGCAGACAGCUCGGAGGAGCUAUGGUCGCAGCUCCCGGCUUCCUUGCGGACGGAGCUGGCUCCAGAUGGCAAUUUGCCCGACGUUGAGAUUCUGAAUGCGUUGUGCUUGGACAGCAACGACCGCAGGGAAUUUCUCUAUGACUAUGCCUCGGACGCUGAUGACUUAGCUUGGCUAUGCAUGGUAUUGGGUUCACUACAAGCACGUGUUGCGGGGCGGGCUAAGCUCAGACAAAAUCGGCGAGCAGGUUUGGAUCCGGCUAUCCAGUACCUGGAGGUAUAUCGCCGCAAGCGAGCCUUGUGUGCAGCGGCCCCAGAUACAGUUCAGUGGUUGGUCUCACUUUCUGGAGCUCAUCGUAGCUCUCGACAUCUGUCCAUCCCCAAGUCUCGGUCAGCUGGUUCCCGUGCGGAGUUGGAAGACAAGGCCUUGGCCCGGUGGAGAGCUAAGCUAGCUGCUAUCUUGAUUGAUGGAAAAGUCCCUGCGCUCGUUGAAGCCAUUGAUGUAGCGCAAGCGGAGAGACUGGCGCUUCGACUAUCCGGCUCCACUCGUGCCAACACCCUCAAAAAGCAUGUGCAACUUUGGUGGCGCUUCACCAAGUGGCUGCGUGCUGCGUACGGGGCUACAUGGCCGUCAAGUGUGUCCAUGGUAGUGGAUUUUGUCGAUGACUUAGCAGCGCAGCCUUGUGGGGUCACCGUGCCGCAGGCCUUUGCUAGCACUUUAACUUUCAUGGAACGUACUGCGGACAUACCAGAGAUCACUUUGCAGCUGGAAAGUGGCGCGGAUCCUCCAAAGAAGGCGAUUCCCCAUCCCCUGUUGCUGAUUAUAUCGCUGGAGCUUUUGGUGGUUUCUGAAACUGCGCCCCGCUAUUUCAGAGCGUUUGCUUGGGCAAAGCUCGUCAAAUUCUGGACCUCGUCCCGCAGUGCUGACCUGGCCGGACUUGUGCCGUCAAACCUCCGGCUGGACCAGAAGGGUCUCUCCGCGCAGUUGCAGCGCACGAAAACCUCAGGUCCUGGGAAGAAAGUUAAGUGGCUGCCGGUCUUCGUCGACAUCAGUGCCACGUUUGCAAAGUCCAUUGGUUUCGCAAUCUGGUCAGCUGCCGACAUGAGCUUUGCGCGGGACUACCUGAUCCCGUUGCCGUCGCAAGAUUUGCAGUCCUGCAAGGCGGUCUUUGCUGAUUACACGGCAGUCUCUGCGUUAUCCAAGCUGCUAUACCAGGAGUUGCGCCUACCACUUUGGGUGCAUGGUACCUGGGUCUUAUCGGUGGUCAUCGGUGUGCUAGCAAAUUCUGCCGACGGUGUUCGUGACAUAGGCCUCAGUGAGCUGGAGUCGUUCUGCCUCCGCCCAUUUCUCCGGCAGAGGAUGACUGCUCGGUGCCACCGCCAGCAGCUGGGCCGGCGGAUCACCCACAAGCAAGCCGUCGACGAAAGUUUCAAGUACUUUGUGUGCAUCACCAAAAAUCGCCGUCUGCGUCGCCUCCAUCGUUGGGGAAAAUGCAGCGCGAAGCCGGGGUCCACUAUCACCGCCUUCGAGGGCUAUAAUGAUCUGCAAGGAGUGCGCUUCGAUUAUGCCUGGUCAGGUGGCAACAUUGACGAAUCUGGUUCGUCCGACAGCACUGACGCCAGCCUGGCUUCCUCGAGCUCUUCGAAGUAA